AUGAAAUCAAUAACAAUUUGUGCGCUGCUAGUGGUAUUUUUUAUAUGCCAGACAUACGCCGUUCCUGUGGCGAUAGUGGAAGUGCCUGUUGUAGAAGUAGCAGGCGUAGCGCCAGUUAGUCUUUUGGAUAUUGAGAACGACGAUCAAUCGAAAGUGGAUGCGACAAUGGAUGAUGCGCCGCGUUCAACACGUGGCUUAGGUUUGCUUUUAGGCAAAUUUGGUGGCGGAUUGGGUGGAUUCGGUGGACUAGGAUCACUUAAGGGCUUCGGAGGACUUGGUGGUUUUGGUGGCCUUGGUAGUUUGAAAGGGUUCGGCGGCGGAUUUGGUGGUGGCUACAAACCUUUCUUCGGCAAGCUUUGGUAG